CCUCGAUUUACGUGUCGAAAUUUGCAGCCAAUGCGUUACGAAACUUGCGACAGGAUGAGACUCCAACCCCCAGAAUACCGGAGCGAAUGCCGCUGCUGCCUCAGAAGCCGGCGGAGCCUGAUUUCGGAGCCUGAUUUUACUGCUGAUCAAGACCACUAAAUGUUAAUUCUCUGUUUUUUCAAUUUUCUGUUUCAUAUGUGCUUGAAUAAAUUUGGAAGAAUCUGUAUAAUAUUCUGCUUAGUUUAAUGGCUUAAUGUAAACAUGUUUGUUCAUCUCAAAAAUUUCCAAAAGGAAAAGAAAAAAGGAAGUUAUUU